AGAUGACUGCUAAAAAAACAUUCAAGAGAACUGCGGUUACUGGACAAAAAACCUGUGGGCCUUCGAAGAAGAAAUCCAGUGACACAGAAGAUGAAGAAAAGCAGACUGGGAAAACUAAGUGCAACAUACCUGGAUGUUUCUUGCUGGAACUUGAGACUGAAAAACGCUACACUGGAAAGAAUUUCAAGAAAAACAAGGACGAGCUAGCCUGGAAAAUCUAUGACCUCCUUAACCUCACUGUCUUUGAUCAAAAGCUGCCAGAGAAGUUAGACAUCGGCUGGAACAAGAAGAUGCUGAGAACCGCUGGCUUAUGCAGCACUGGCGAGCUACAGUACCCCGAGAAGCGCCGCUUCGCCAAGAUUGAGAUUUCUCUGAAAGUCUGCGACUCUGCAGACCGACUCCGUGAUACUUUGAUCCAUGAACUAUGCCACGCAGCCUCCUGGCUGCUCGACGGAACCCGUGAUUCUCAUGGUGAUUCGUGGCAGUAUUAUGCCAAAAAAACCAACAUGGUACACCCGGAGCUGCCCAAGGUCACCCGUUGCCAUAACUAUCAAAUUAACUACAAGAUCCUUUAUGAAUGUACUCAGUGCAAGUCCAGAGUUGGCCGAUACACCAGAUCACUGGACACCAACCUCUUUAUCUGUGCCAAAUGCAAGGGAACCCUCGUCAUGCUGCCAUUGACCCGGAAAGAUGGAACCCCCAUCCGUCCCCAUGUGAGGCCAUUUGCCAAAUAUGUGAAGGAGAAUUAUCGAAUCAUUUGUAAGUCAGUAGAAGGGCUUACCCAUGGGGAUGUGAUGAGAAGGCUCAGCAAGGAUUAUGUUGCCAAAAAACAACAGCGAAAUACUUAAAGUGACCCGAUAAAGUA